UUUGUGGUUGCCUACAUUUCCCUCUUCUUUUUCUCAUUCACAUAAAUACGAUUUUGAUUUAAUUUCUUUAAUUUUUUUUUUCUCAUUUUUUUUCCCUCUUUCACCAAAAGAUAGAGAGAGAAACUCUGAGAGAGAAAGAGAGAGAGUAGAGCGAGGAAUGCUCGAAAGGUCGAGACUCAACCGAUCUCCAAAACGAUUCGUUUCGUCCGAAACCCUAACCCUAACCCUAUCACUUCACAGAUCGAUGGUUUCGAUGACGAAUCUUCGUUUCGAUUGAAGGAAAUCUUUGAAUCUCGGAGAUCGGUGUGACCUUCGCGGUAUUGAUUUGAUUUCGAUCGGUGAAGUCGGCGAUCUCGGCGGUGCAGAUCUGACCGGAGGGAGAGAGAGAGAGAGAGAGUGAGUGACUGAAAAAGACACGAAACGAUGCCGUCGCACGCGGAUCUAGACCGUCAGAUCGAGCAUCUGAUGGAGUGCAAGCCGUUGCAGGAGGCGGAGGUGAAAACGCUUUGCGAUCAGGCGAGGGCGAUUCUCGUCGAGGAAUGGAACGUACAGCCGGUGAAGUGUCCGGUGACGGUUUGCGGUGAUAUCCAUGGCCAGUUCUACGAUCUCAUCGAGCUCUUUCGGAUAGGAGGAAAUGCUCCCGAUACCAAUUAUCUCUUUAUGGGCGAUUAUGUAGAUCGUGGAUACUACUCAGUUGAGACUGUCACACUUUUGGUGGCUCUGAAAGUUCGUUAUAGAGAUAGGAUCACAAUUCUUAGAGGGAAUCAUGAGAGCCGGCAAAUAACUCAAGUGUAUGGUUUUUAUGACGAAUGCUUGAGAAAAUAUGGAAAUGCCAAUGUGUGGAAGUUCUUCACUGAUUUAUUUGAUUAUCUACCCCUUACAGCCCUUAUUGAGAGUCAGAUCUUCUGUUUGCAUGGAGGUCUUUCACCAUCUUUGGAUACAUUGGAUAACGUUCGAGCCUUGGACCGUAUACAGGAGGUUCCACAUGAAGGACCAAUGUGUGACCUCUUAUGGUCUGAUCCUGAUGACCGAUGUGGGUGGGGGAUAUCACCUCGUGGUGCUGGUUAUACAUUUGGACAGGAUAUAGCUGCUCAGUUUAACCAUACCAAUGGGCUCUCACUGAUUUCAAGAGCCCACCAGCUUGUCAUGGAAGGGUACAAUUGGUGUCAGGAUAAGAAUGUGGUGACUGUAUUUAGUGCUCCAAACUAUUGUUACCGUUGUGGGAAUAUGGCUGCUAUACUGGAGAUUGGGGAGAAUAUGGACCAGAAUUUUCUGCAGUUUGAUCCAGCCCCUCGGCAAAUUGAGCCUGACACCACACGCAAGACUCCCGAUUAUUUUUUGUAAUUUUCAUAUAUCUGUCUGCUGCUUGUAAUUCCCUAUUUUUCUGCUGUGUUAUUGUAGAUGUGUCUUUAAAAAGAGGAGUUUUGUUGUUUUUUAAGUUGAGGGUUAUCAUCAACAUGAUUCUUUUGUUUGGAGUUUGUCCUGCUGCUGCUUUGUUGAUUUCCUCGAGAAACUCAUAGGAGAACUUACAAAAGGCCACCAAAAGGCCUGUUUUUCUUGUAUAUUUUCGGGAGGAGGAAGCGGCAAUAACAUGGUAUAUCUUGUUCUGUAAUUUUGCAAUUUUAAAGUAGAGAGCAGAUUUCUUGA